AUGGUGGAGAUCGACAAAGAUGUCAUCGUGUCUCCCAAUAUUCCACCGGAAAAGCUCGUCGUAACUUCCUCAAGUCAUAAACAUCGACCUACGUUGUCCUUGUUGUGGCGUCGGAAGGAAAAGGUCGACCCGAAUGCUAUCGCAACACAGCCGUCUGUAUAUGAUAAUCCCGAACAGGCAAAAUAUUUCCAACCACUGCCUAAUUAUGAGAACAUUCAUCGGUUUGAUCCGAGUGAACGAUGGACUUGGGCGGAAGAGAAAAAAGUUCUGAGCAAGAUCGAAUGGAGGAUCGCAGCUUGGGCAGCUAUUGCAUUCUUUGCCCUGGAUCUGGACCGCAGUAACAUUCAACAAGCGAACACGGAUAACUUCCUUGACGAUCUUGGACUAAAUACGAAUGAUUACAACCUUGGAAAUACAGUUUCGAAACUUUCCUUUCUACUUGCUGAAUUGCCAUCUCAGCUCAUCAGUAAGAAGAUCGGUCCCGAUCGAUGGAUUCCCGCACAAAUGAUCCUGUGGAGUAUUGUAGCCAGUGCUCAAUUUUGGCUCAAGGGACGCAACUCAUUUCUCGCCUGCCGCGCACUGAUUGGUCUCCUACAAGGAGGCUUCAUCCCAGACGUCAUUCUCUACAUGUCAUACUUCUAUAAAAGCACCGAGCUUCCAUUCCGCUUGGCCAUCUUCUGGAUGGCUAAUCGCCUCACAGACGUCAUUGCUCCCUUAUUGGCAUAUGGCUUGCUUCGCCUGCGCGGAUACCAUGGCUACGAGGGCUGGCGUUGGCUUUUCUUGAUCGAAGGUAUUCUUACUCUCCUCAUUGGGAUAUGGUCAGUGUUCAUGAUGGCACCUUCGCCAACACAGACGAAAGCUUGGUGGAGGCCGAAGGGAUGGUUCACGGAUCGAGAAGAGAAGAUCAUGGUGAAUCGUAUCUUGCGUGACGACCCCAGUAAAGGCGAUAUGCACAACCGUCAAGCAAUUACACUCAAGCUUCUGUGGAAAAGCUUCUGCGAUUUCGAUCUCUGGCCAAUAUACGCAAUCGGACUAACGUUCGGAAUGCCCGCUGGACCACCUGAUCAAUAUCUCACACUGACUCUUCGUCAAUUGGGCUUCGACACAUUCGAUGCCAAUCUACUGAGUAUACCGGCUCAAGUCGGGACGACGAUCAAUAUGCUCAUCAUGACCUGGAUAUCGGAACGCAUCAACCAGCGAGCUUACCUUGGCAUCUUUGUGCAAUUUUGGUUCUUUCCUUGUAUUCUUGCUAUGGCACUGGUGCCUGAUGAUGUAUCAAAGUGGUCUAGGUUCGCCAUCGUUACCGUUCUUCUCUCUUACCCAACACCGCAUCCAAUGCAAGUUGGCUGGUGCAGUAGGAAUUCCAAUACGGUCAGGACACGCACCGUUAGUGCCGCACUAUACAAUAUGGCGGUUCAGCUCCAAGCUAUUGCAUAUUCCAACAUCUACCUGAAUGACGAUAAACCACUAUAUCGCCGUGGCAACCGCGUGUUGGUAGGCAUUUGCGUCUUGAACAUCUUUAUCUACCUAUUCGCGAAAGCCUACUACACUUGGCGCAAUAAACAGCGUGACAGGCAGUGGAACGCAUUGAGUGUUGAUGAGAAGAUCAACUACCUGGAAACUACUACCGACGAAGGAAGUAAAAGGCUAGACUUCAGAUUCGCUCAUUAG